CAUCCGUUCUGUGUGGUUUGCGGCGAGGGCUGAGCACGAUGGCUUCGACGACGACCAAGACUUUCGCACUCGAUGGCUUCUGCCUGCGCCAGUUUGACGACCCGAGCUACAAGGGCACGCACAUCGCUUACGACAAGGCGGCCUUCGAGGCCAAGAUCAACGAGCUCUAUGCGGCCGGCGCGUGCUCGCUCAUCGACGGCUACGCGCCGUUCUGCAAGCAUCUCUUUGUACCGAACUUUGUCGGUGCCAAGCUGAGCACGGCGCUCAUUACGGACGUCAACAAGCACCUGCUCGAGACCGACUACGUCGCCCGCGUGCCCACGGAGCUCCCCGUGCUCGCGCGCUGGUUCCCGAGUGCGUCCCUCGAGCCCGAAGCUGCGUCGUUCCUCGACAUCAUUUUGUACAGCCGCGACCAGAUCCGCAAGGAGACGGCGGCGACAGGGCUCCCGCUCGAUAACGUCAACGACGACGUGCCGUGGGGCAUCAUCUCGGUCAAGGCGCAGGACGUCGCCCACGAGCUGCCCAUGAACCCGAUCACGGUACUCCGCAACGCGCUCGGAAAGGAAGAAGGCGGGUCGGGCGUCCCGCUCUCCCGCGAAAAGUACCUCGAGGCCGUCGCCUAUUGGAAGACGCACGCCGUGAUCCAAUAAGAAGACGAUAAGAAAGCAUCUUAUUGCUGCCA